AUGACUACAGCUAGUGAAGCCAUUGAGUGGAAGACAUCAUCUAUGGGCGAGAUUAGAUCUUCAAUAAACAUGAUUGGUGAUUUACUGAAUCACGGUCGUGAGCUGAUCUAUAGCGAUGAAAUACAAAGCAAUCCCGAGGGCACUAGCAUUCCAGAAGUUCGUCAAGCAAAGCAACGAGGGUUGAAGAUAAACAGCGCACACCAUGCUACAACGGGCAAACAAGGUAAUCAUUCUUCUUCCAAGCACAAGGAAGCCCUGUUUAAUACGCAAAGAACGCAUGCCAAAGGCGAGCAUUUGGAGCCUACGAAAACAGCCCCAAGAAACAGCUUGAAUGUUGCCGUUGCCUCUGCAAAACACAUCAAGACAAAAAAAGUAACCAAUACUAUCAGUAAUACGCGACAAAGCACUUUGGGAUUGGAAAAAAAUCGACCUUUAUUAGGUGUGGAGCAGAUCGCACAGGCGCGGAUGGAGGGGAAGAAGAUUCACAGCAUUGAGGUUGGUAUCACCGACGACGACAUCGUGAAUGAUCUUUCUCUAGAAGAACUUAAAACUCGAGUUCGUCUCGAAAUGGAGGAAUACUUUUGCAACACUCCGAGCAUAUUCAAAAAAAUGGCACGUAAAAUCAUCGUACCUUCUAAGGUUUCCACUAAAGCUUCGAACUUCUCAGCUUUACAGGAGGUCACAGAGCGUCUGUCAACAAACAUCAAUGAUACCUCUAGUACAAUGAAAGAAGAACAGCUAGCGUUGUCCUUCAAGCGGCAUUCGUCGUGGAAAAAAACCAUCGUAGCCCAUAAAGGGCAUGCCUCCAUCGGGAAGCGAUUAUAUGACACCGAACCCCAUGAAGAUAAAUCCCAUGGACAGACAAGGCGCCCCGAAACUGACCAGGCACAGUUGUCCGACAAACGCAACAGCGGUGCUUCGCGCAAGAGCACCCUGCGGAGUAGUUGGGGGCGUGUGUCGAUCACCUCCACAACGCCUGACCAAACCAGGUCCCUGGCAACGGUACAACAAAAUGAGGCGUGGAACCCACUAGAAAACCACGACAUCCCUGCGAGGCGUCGAGCCUCGGUCACUCCCCUAAGGUUGGAUAUGCUAAGAGGGUAA